GCAAUUAACAACAGUCGAACAAGAGCAGAGAAAGUCCAAGCACAAGCAGAGUACAUAGAAGCAAACAAGAAAGUGAAGAAGAGCAUUAGAGCUGAUAAGCAAAAAUACGUGGAAGAACUAGCAACGACGGCGGAAAAAGCUGCAAGAGAAGGAAAUAUGAGACAGCUUUACGAUACGACGAAGAAGCUUGCAGGGAAAUACAGUAAACCAGAGAGACCAGUCAAAGACAAAGAAGGAAGACCGAUCACUGAGAUUCAGCAACAGCGCAACAGAUGGGCAGAAUACUUCGAGGAACUCCUGAACAGGCCGGCUCCAACGAAUCCACGGGACAUCGAAGCAGCACACACAGAUCUUCCUAUAGAUGUCAAUCCACCAACGACGGAAGAAAUCAGAAUGGCCAUCAGACAAAUCAAGAGCGGGAAAGCAGCAGGACCUGACAAUAUACCAGCUGAAGCGUUGAAGUCAGACAUCGAAGUAACUACAAGCAGGCUUCAUCUUCUAUUCAAGAAGAUUUGGGAGGAGGAACAAGUGCCGAUGGAUUGGAAAGAAGGACACCUCAUCAAGAUUCCAAAGAAAGGAGAUCUGAGAAAGUGUGAAAACUACAGAGGCAUUACACUACUGUCAAUACCGAGUAAAGUCUUCAACAGAGUGUUACUGAACAGGAUGAAAGACGCAGUUGACGCUCAACUUCGAGAUCAACAAGCUGGAUUCCGUAAGGACCGGUCGUGCACAGACCAGAUUGCGACACUACGGAUCAUCGUCGAACAAUCAAUUGAGUGGAACUCGUCACUCUACAUCAACUUCAUUGAUUAUGAGAAGGCAUUUGACAGUGUAGAUAGGAGGACGUUAUGGAAACUUCUUCGACACUACGGAGUUCCUGAGAAGAUUGUCAACAUUAUCCGGAACUCAUACGAUGGACUACAGUGCAAAGUAGUGCAUGGAGGACAGCUGACAGACGCAUUCCAAGUAAGGACCGGAGUAAGACAAGGCUGUCUACUCUCUCCCUUCCUGUUUCUUCUGGUGGUCGACUGGAUUAUGAAGACCUCGACAUCUGAGAGAAACUACGGCAUACGAUGGAUAGCUCAGAACCAAUUAGACGACUUGGACUUCGCAGACGACCUAGCCCUCCUAUCACAUACACACGAACAAAUGCAGAUAAAGACAGCCAGCAUAGCAGCAGUCUCUGCAUCAGUAGGCCUCAACAUACACAAAGGGAAAACCAAGGUCCUCAAACACAACACGGAGAACAGCAAUCCAAUCACUCUUGAUGGCGAAACUCUGGAAGACGUGGAAUCCUUCACAUACCUGGGAAGCAUCGUCGAUAAACAAGGAGGUUCAGAUGCAGACGUCAAGGCGAGGAUUGGCAAAGCUAGAGCGGCAUUCCUUCAACUGAAGAACAUAUGGAACUCAAAACAACUUUCAACUAAUAUCAAAGUCAGAAUCUUCAAUACGAACGUCAAGGCAGUUCUACUGUACGGAGCUGAGACGUGGAGAACUACAACAACCACCAUCAAGAAGGUACAGGUAUUUAUUAAUAGCUGUCUACGCAUGAUACUCAACAUCCAUUGGCCGGAAACCAUCAGCAACAGCCUUUUGUGGGAGAGAACCAACCAGCUUCCAGCUGAAGAGGAAAUUAGGAAAAGACGAUGGAAAUGGAUAGGACAUACAUUGAGGAAAUCAUCAAACUGCAUUACGAGACAAGCGCUAACUUGGAAUCCUGAAGGGAAGCGGAAAAGAGGAAGGCCAAAGAACACAUUACGUCGGGAAAUAGAAGCAGAUAUGAAAAAGAUGAAUAAGAACUGGAAAGAGCUUGAAAGGAUUGCGCAGGACAGGGUUGGAUGGAGAAUGCUGGUGAGCGGCCUAUGCUCCUUCACGAGGAGUAACAGGCGUAAGUAAGUAAGUAAG